GGGACUGUUAGUCUGUCUCUUGGGAGCAUUGUGCCAUUUAUAUCUUUAAAAUAUAGAUCCCUUGUAGCCAUUGGCAGUUUCGUCUACUUUUACCAGGUGCGUCAAGUUGCCUAAUAAAAUUGUCUCAAUAGUGAGUGCGUGUAAUUUAAUCGUAACACUCACAGUUUAUGUUCGCUCUAAAGUAACAGUUAUGAGCUUUGAAAACUUUAGCUUGCGGCAUAAAACUUUAAGCUCUACGAAGACUUAUAGUACCUAACAAAUGGUGUCACCUUCAGUUUGAAAGUAAUGGCAUAGAUAUCAUUUUUUAAAUUGCAAAUGCUGCUCGUUUCCUCUGAACGUUUUAAAUACUUUGCUGACACAUCAAGAUGGCCGACAGACCAACGCAACACUUUUCGCCAGUAUUCUUUGCUGGAGACCGAGAGACUGUGAUUGACAACGAUUCGGAGGACCCUCUGGACCUGCGGGUUCGAACGACAGGCACCGGCAACAGCCUCGCCGAGAGAUACUCGAUGUUCCCGGCAAAGACUAGUGAGAUCAUUGAGUUCGGAAUGGACCAGGGAGAGGGUGAGGGUGAGGGUGAGGGGAAAGGGAAGAAUGCGAUGAGCGGGAGCUUCGGGAGUGAACACCUCAAGGACAUUUGUGACGACAGAGUCAGUUGGGGCACCAAGGCGGACUUCCUCCUGUCUGUGAUCGGAUACGCAGUAGAUUUAGCGAAUCUGUGGCGCUUCCCCUACCUGUGCUACAAGAAUGGGGGAGGGGUGUUCCUCAUUCCCUAUUUUCUCAUGCUCAUUUUUGGGGGCAUUCCUCUGUUUUACAUGGAACUGGCUCUUGGCCAGUAUCAGAGGGAGGGACCUAUCUCGGUCUGGAAAAUCUGUCCUCUCCUAAAGGGUGUGGGCUACUCGGCUUGUAUAAUAGCGUUCUACGUGGCCUUCUACUACAAUGUGAUCAUCGCGUGGGCACUCUACUACCUGCUCAAUUCCUUCCGCACCCAACUGCCCUGGGGCUCCUGCGACUUCUUCUGGAACACUGAGCUAUGCACUGUCGGAUCUAGUAAACUCAAUGACACUGAAGGUGGAAACUCUUCUGUUGUUGGUGAGGGUGGGGGUGGAAGAGGAGGGAUGGUGUCUCCAGCGGAGGAGUACUACAAGCGGAGGGUAUUGGGGCUGCACAAGAGUGAGGGUCUGCACGACAUGGGGGGAGUGCAGUGGGAACUCACUCUCUGUCUGUUCGCCAUUUUCACACUCCUCUACUUCUCUCUCUGGAAGGGAAUCAAGAUGUCUGGCAAGAUAGUAUGGAUCACCGCCACCUUACCCUACAUCAUGCUGUUUAUCCUUCUCGUCAGGGGCAUCACUCUGCCAGGGGCAGCCACUGGUAUCAAGUAUUAUCUGCAGCCAGACCUGUCCAAGUUGUCAGAACCGGGUGUUUGGAUUGACGCUGCCAUUCAGAUCUUCUUCUCGCUGGGAGUGGGGUUCGGAGUUCUGAUUGCGUUCUCGAGCUACAACAACUUCCACAACAACUGCUACAUAGACGCCCUCUGCACCUCCACCAUCAACUGUCUCACCAGCUUCCUCUCCGGAUUCGUCGUCUUCUCCAUCCUCGGCUACAUGUCUUUCAAAAACAACGUGCCGAUAGAGGAGGUAGCCACUGAGGGCCAUGGUCUCGUGUUCGUCGUCUACCCGGAGGCCAUAAGUGCCCUGCCAUACCCCAAUGUGUGGGCCAUAGUGUUCUUCCUCAUGCUACUCACUCUGGGCUUGGACAGUUCAAUGGGGGGACUUGAAUCCGUCAUCACAGGUAUCUCCGAUGACUUCAAAACUACUCUGCGCAAGCACCGGGAGUUGUUCACGCUGUUGAUAGUGGGUGUGGCCUUCUUGGUGGGUCUGACUAACACCACGUACGGGGGAGCAUACCUGGUGCAGCUGUUCGAUGCAUAUGCCGCCUCCACUUCAAUCCUAUGCACAGUCAUGUUCGAGGCCAUUGGGGUGUUCUGGCUCUACGGCACGCAGCAGUUCAGUGAGGACAUCCAAGAGAUGAUGGGAUUCACCCCUGGAAGAGGAUGGCGCUUCGUGUGGAAGUUCGUGUCGCCCCUCUUCCUCCUGGCUGUGUUGUUGUCCUGCAUAGCCACAUACUCUCCCCCCAUGUAUGAGGAGUAUGUCUACCCCAAGUGGUGCGAACUGAUUGGCUGGUGCAUCACUCUGUCGUCCAUGCUGUGCAUUCCCUUCAUGGCACUCUACACAUUCAUAGUCAGUCCAGGAAAUACUCUGAGAGAAAAACUGGCCCACUCUAUCUCCCCAGAGAAGGACAGGGCCAGGGUGAAGAACGGGGAGGUGAAGAGGUUCCAGCUGCAACACUACACCUCAUUUUGAUCAUGCACCACUACAGCCCCAAAAUGAACACCAAUCAACACUCACUCGACACCCUCCCCUAAGACCCAUCUCAGAUCCACUAACCCCAAGUAUAUAGUAAAUAAUUAGACAUCUUGAACAAAAACUGAAGGGCCGAAGUUGAAUACUCCAAAAAAGAGCAUCUACCAGAAGAUCGAUUGAGGGGGAAAAUCUACCUAUUCUGAAUCUCUCCAAAACAUCUGAUAAGGAAACUGAACACAAAGCAGUCAACUUUUUUGCUAGAACACCAGCUGGUUUUAUUAUAUUCAAUUUUUAAUAGUAUUUUUGCAAAAUGUCGUGAAUAUGCCCGAUCUGUACAAAAAGCAUGUUGUUGAAUUCCUAUAGUUUUACUCUCAGAUGUAUAAAAUAUUCAAUUGAACGUUUAGACUUGG